GUGUCUGUGUGUGUGUUGCAGAUCGAGGAGAUCGAGGCGCUGUCCUCCAUCUACGCGGAGGAGUGGUGUGUGAUCGAUGAAGCGGCCAGAGUUUUCUGCAUCAGAGUCUCGGAUGACUCGCAGCGGCCCAGACUAACGCUCUGUUUACAGAUCAUACUUCCUCCAGAGUACCCGAGCUCAGCGCCUCCGAUAUAUCAGAUCAACGCUGGCUGGCUCAGAGGAGCGGACCGAAGGACUCUGUCCAACAGUUUAGAGGAGCUGUAUGUGGAGAAUACAGGGGAGAGUAUUCUGUACCUGUGGGUGGAGAAAAUAAGAGAAUUCCUCGCAGAAAAAUCACAAAGUGCAGAUGGACCAGAAAUGGGUAAGACGGUGACAACAGAGGAAGAAGCUCAUGACUACGACGAGGACGAUCUUCCAGACUACAGCAUGCUAAAACUCGCCAACCAAUCAGCUCAGCUCCUCUCCAGUGCUUUUGAUGAUGAAGAGUUGCCACUGAUUAAACACGGGGAGACAAUCACGGAUAGACGGAGCACGUUCCAGCCUCAUUUAGCCGCGGUGGUGACUCCUAAACAGGUUCAAAGGGUUCUGAAUCAUUUAUAUGAAAACAAGAAGAUCGCAAGUGCCACUCACAAUAUCUAUGCAUACAGGAUCUACUGUGAGGAUAAAAACUCUUUCCUGCAGGACUGCGAGGACGACGGAGAAACCGCAGCGGGGGGCCGACUGCUCCAUCUCUUGCAGAUCCUGGAUGUGCGUAACGUGCUGGUGGUGGUCUCUCGGUGGUACGGUGGGAUCCUGCUGGGCCCCGACCGCUUUAAACACAUCAACAACUGCGCCAGGAACAUCCUCAUUCAGGAGGGUUACACCGACACUUCAGAGGAAACAUCCAAAGCUGGAGGCAAGAAUAAAAGACCUAAGGGCAAGAAGGCAAAAUAAAAAACCUUCCUGGAACCGAUGAGACCUGGAAUGAAGACAGACUUGCGACUACGAAUGCUGAAGGAUUCUGACAAAUAAAAUAACCUGAAAAUGCUGUAUUAGUGAUUUGUAAAAUCAUUCAGUGUUAUAGUCGGGAUUAAACAACUUGAAAGUCAUACCAAAAAUGGUUUUGUAUGCAGUUGCGUUUAAUGGUCUGUUGCUACGCAUUAUGUCACACUAAGUGCUUUGUCUUAUGAAUAAAGAUUUUUAUGAAUUACAAA